AUGUCUCUUUCCGUUACUUUUCUCAAAACUCUUUCCGAUUCUUUCGAUCUCUCGUUUAUUGCAAUUUUUUCCAACAUCUCUCUCUUCUCUACAUUUUCAUCGCUCAUUCUGAAAUCUCGUAAUUUAUUUCUCUCACUUACCUACUAUCACUCUUUCUCUUCGUCUAUUUCUCUCUCUCUCUCUCUCUCUCUCGCUAUCUCUCUCCCCCUCUUUCACCGUUUUCUGCUACGAUUCUCUGAUCUCAUAUCUUCCCCCUCACUAUAUAAUUUUUCUGUACUCCUCUCUGUCUCUCUCUCUCUCUCUCUCUCUCUCUCCCAUACUUGUUUUUUUUUCUUUUUCCUUUCUUCUUCUUCUCUUCGUCUCUCUCUUUCUCUCUCUCUCUCUCUCUAUCUAUCUAUCUAUCUAUCUCUUAUUAAAAUCUCUCUUUCUCCCUCUCUCCAUUUUCUUACACUUCUCCCUCUCUACUACUCUCUCCUUUUCUCUCUUUCGCUUUUACUUUUUGUUUUCAAGUCAUUUUUUUUAUUUACCUUCCUCGUUUCAUUUAUUUUCCAUUUUUUUUUUUCUCUUUCUCACUGCCAGUUACAAUAUGGCGUUUUUAUUUUUUUUAAUGCACUUUUCUGUUUCCGCCUUCUUCUUCGUCUUCGUUUUCUUCUUCGUCUUCUUUGUUGUCUUCGUCGUCUCCGUUGUCUUCUUCCUCGUCUUUUUCUUCACUUUCUUUUUCGUCUGCGUCUUCUUCGUCUUCGCCUUCUUUUUCCUUCUGACAUAUCUUGUCUUUCUCGUUUUAUUUUUUUAAUGCACUUUUCUUCUUUGUUUUCGUCUUCUUCAUCUUCGUCUUUUUCGUCCUUUUCUUCGUCGUCGUUGUCUUCGUUGUCUUCUUCUCCUUUUAUUCGCCUUAUUCUUCUUCGUCUUCGCCUUCAUUCCCGUCUUCGUCUUCUUCCUUUUCUUUUUUUCUUCGUCUUCUUUUUCGUCUUCUUCCUUUUCUUUUUCUCUGUCUUCAUUUCCGUCUUCGUCUUCUUUUUCGUCUUCUUCCUUUUCUUUUUCUUUGCCUUCAUUUCCGUCUUCGUCUUCUUUUUCGUCUUCCUCCUUUUCUUUUUCUUUGCCUUCAUUUCCGUCUUCUACUGUCUCUUAUUUAUAUUUUUUCUCCUCUCUUCCGAUAACUUUCUUCUUUAUCCCCACUCUCUUAUUAAAUACUUUCUUAUUCUUUCUUUCCAAGUUACUCCCAUUGCCCGUCCAUAUCUCUCUAUCCCUUUAUUUCUAACCUCUAUGCUUCCCAAUAUUUAA